GAUCUGGCUUCCUCCUCCUCAAGUUCUCGCCUCCUAUAGCCGUGGCCCAAGCGAGUGAGCAAGGUAGCGAUGGACUCCAAGAAGAGAGAUCUUUGAGCUCUGCCGUGUGACGUCUCUGGCUUACCCUAGCUUCUAUUUAGGCACGCCGGAUUGGUGACACCAGUGCCCCGCCUCGAAGAUCAGAGCGCGAGGGUGAGGUGAUAUCUGAUAGCUUCACCACUUAGUCAUACGCCAGAUGCCAUCCUUUCCAAUCUAAUUUUCAUAUGUUGUUUUUUGCAUGGAAUUGAAAUUGACGGUUUGACAAGCUAGCACAGCCCACCCCGCUCCUCCGUGGGUCACUCAUUGGACCGAUCUCUCUCUCCUUCUUCACCAACACCAUCCGGCUAUCUUCUGUUCGUCCCUAUCCUUCUUGCUCCCUCGAGAGCGCGUGCAGCGGGCGGACAGGUAGCAAGGGUGUGGUACUACUAGUAGUAGUAACCGGUGAGAGCAUUUUAAGGGCUGUUGAUUUUAAGCCCAACGCUUGUCGAGGCCAUGGCCAUUCUCUCUCCUCCUGUAAGAGAUCGGUGCUCUUUUGGGCAACGAUGGGAACAACCGGAGCCAUUUAAGACCAAACGGGUCGGUUGCCGAACACUACUCCUCGCAAUAUCCGUCUUCUCCCGUAGCGCAAACUACCACAAAACUGGAUACAUACAUGGCACUCUUGUGGCAUUUGGGCUUCAUGGUUUAAGGUAUAUGUAAACCGGGAACAAUCAUGCAAGAACCAAUUUAUAGUUCAUAGGUAGGCAAAUGAAAAGUAAAGAUACAAACAUAGUCUUUUAUUUUUAAAGUCGAACAAUCUUUUAAUAAUCCGUAAACCAGUUUAUAAGGAUUGUAAUUUGUACAACAUUAGUUCUAACAAUAAUAGUAGGAAACAUAGUUUAUACUAAUGUUGCCAAUUGUGGCAAGUGUCCAAAGUUAGUAAUAUCUACACCAAUAAGUAUUUUACGCUACGUACGGGAGGACACGGACACCUAGAGGACUAGUGUUCCGGAACCCGACCUGUUUGGCUCAUCGGACAUAGCGCCAGUCUAUCUAGGGGUUAGAGAAAGGGAGGAGUGGUCAUGGCCUCGACGAGCUCUGUGCUCACAAUCGCGGGCCAUUAAUUGCUCGUGCCCGUUACUACUGCCAGUAGUACCACAGCCCUGCUGCAGGAUAGGGACGAACAAGACAGCCGGGAGCAGUAUUGGACGGGCUGUCACCCGGCGUAUGACUUAGCGGCGAAGAAGCCAGCAGAUAUUGCCUCGCCAUCGCCCGCUGGUGCUCGAGGCCGGGCGCUGCCGUUACCACUCCGGCGUGUAUAAAUAGGUGCGAGGGCGAGCCGGAAAGGUCACACAGCAGAGCACGAAGCUCUCUCUUCAUUCCUCUCCCUCCAGUCCUCUCCUCCUAGCUAUAGCCGUCAGCCAGCGCGAUCGAGUGAGGUAGCGAUGGACUCCGGGGAUGACCAGCAGCUCCAGGAGCAGGGCCAGAAGAACUACCACCGCCACACGCCGAGCCAGAUUCAGGCGCUCGAGGCGGCGUUCAUGCAAUGCUCCCACCCUGACGAGACGCAGCGCGCCAUGCUCGGCCGCGACCUCGGACUUGAGCCACGCAAGGUUAAGUACUGGUUUCAGAACCGCCGGACGCAGAAGAAGGUGCAGCAAGAGCGGCAGGGCAACGACUUCCUCCGCGCGGAGAACGACAGGAUCCGGUGCGAGAACAUUGCCCUGCGCGAUGCGCUCCAGAACGCCGUCUGCCCCAGCUGCGGCCCACCCGUCGCCGAGGAUUACUACGACGAGCAGCAGCUGCGCGUGGAGAACGCCCGGCUGAAGGAGGAGCUUGCCGGCCUCACCUAUAAGCCCCUCGGCAGCCCGUUCACGCAGAUGACGCAGGGCACGCCGCAGAUGUCCGUCUCACCUCUCGACCUGUCCAUGGCCACCGUACAGAUGGGCGGGCACCACCAACAGUUCGGGGGCGCCGGCCUGUCGCUCGACCUCGACCUCAGCAGGGCCGGCAUGUUCGAAGGGUGUAGGCAGGAGGACUGGGGAGCACAUUUUAGCACAAACAGACAAUAAAAUUAGCACCCAACUAUCAAACAUGCGGCAAGAGAUCUCUCUUAUGUGCAUUCAAACAUGUUUGUCGGCACCGUAAUGUUGUAGCUCAUCUUAAAAAAAAUCGUGUGUAAGCUCAGUUAGUCUUUGUGUUUUUCAUUCUACUCCGAAUUGUAUUGGGAGAUCCUAUGUAACUUUCGUUGAUUAAUUUAUAAAU